AUGGCCACCACCACGACUCCAAGCAACACCGCCGCACUUCGCACCUUCGGUGUCACCGAGCUGCUGGAGCAGAUCCUGUCAGAUCUGGACAUGCAGACUCUGCUCCUAGCCCAGCGCGUCUCGAAGCAAUGGAAGGACACCAUCGCAGACUCGUCCAUGCUGCAAGAAGCCUUGUUUUCCCGGCUUCAGACGACACACAGAAACAUCUACCAUGGUCACGGUGGUGAGAACAGUUUCGUCAGCCUGGAUAGCUCUUUCUCACGACCGCUCGUCUACUACAAUGACACCUUCGUCGUGACAUUCUCCUACGAGCAGUUCAAGCCCAACGAGCUUCGCCUGAACUUCCGUGUUCGCACGCGUGACUAUUGGGGCGAUAUUUUUGGACCGUUUGGGGAGAUGACCGAGCUGGAUGGUGGGCCCAAACCAAGCUGGCACCGAAUGUACCUUCUGCAGUACCUGUCUCCAGCUGCGAUGUCUUGGAAUUGUUACCAUGCUGUGUUUCAGAUGGAAGUCCGGGGGGUUAAGAAGCUGAAGGAGUUCGAGGAGGAGUGGCAUGAGUUCGACUGGGACCAAAAACCACUUGCGUCGAUCUGCGAGGACGCAAUCAAGAUCACAAGCCAAAGAGUGCUGCAAGAUAUGCUCGACGGGAAUGUUACCGCAACUUACUACGACACACUGACUCCGUACUUUGGCGCGGUCCGGCGAUAA